AUGCCGGGGGCCGUGGGUCCCUACGGGCAGUCCCAGCCCAGUUGCUUCGACCGUGUGAAGAUGGGCUUUGUCAUGGGUUGCACCGUGGGCAUGGCGGCCGGGGCACUGUUCGGCACCUUCUCCUGUCUCAGGAUCGGAAUGAGGGAUCGGGAGCUGAUGGGUGGCAUUGGUAAAACCAUGAUGCAGAGUGGCGGAACCUUUGGUACAUUCAUGGCCAUCGGAAUGGGCAUACGAUGCUAAUCAGGGCAGUGAUUAGCUGGCUACAUCUUUACUUUCCCAUUCAUUUAGACCCUUGUACAAUAAUAAAGUUUUUUCUUCU